GCAGGGGGCGUGUCUGGGAUGUAAUACGCGGCUGUGUCGUGAAGACAGUGUACAGUAAGGUGGCUUCGGCGGAGACGCAUCGGGAAGUGAAUAAGUGAGCGUUUAGGGCGCACAGGGACACUCGGUCAUGGCAGAUAACGGGAGCACGGAGGCGCGGACUGCUCCGAGCCUCGGCAACAAAGUGACCGUUGUGCUUGGAGCCCAGUGGGGCGAUGAAGGCAAGGGCAAAGUGGUGGACCUGCUGGCCCAGGACGCCGACAUGGUCUGCAGAUGUCAGGGAGGCAACAACGCAGGACACACAGUUGUGGUGGAUUCUGUAGAGUAUGACUUUCACCUUUUACCUAGUGGCAUUAUCAACCCUAAUGUCACAGCCUUUAUUGGUAAUGGCGUAGUGAUUCACCUUCCCGGCCUCUUCGAGGAGGCUGAGAAAAAUGAGCGGAAGGGUAAAGGUCUGGAGGGCUGGGAGAAGCGGCUCGUCAUUUCUGACCGCGCCCAUAUUGUGUUUGAUUUCCAUCAAGCUGUGGAUGGAGUUCAAGAACAGGAGAGGCAGCAGCAAGCUGGCAAAAAUUUAGGAACAACGAAAAAGGGUAUCGGCCCUGUCUACUCAGCAAAGGCUGCCAGGAGUGGCCUCAGAAUAUGUGACCUUUUGUCUGACUUUGAGCAAUUCACAGAGAGGUAUAAAAACUUGGCCUCACAGUACAAGUCUAUGUACCCGUCACUGGAGAUAGAUAUUGAUGGGGAGCUAGAGAAACUUAAGGCAUAUGUGGAACGAAUAAAACCCAUGGUAAGAGAUGGCGUGUUCUUCAUGUACGAGGCUCUGCACGGUGCAUCUAAAAAGAUACUGGUGGAAGGUGCCAAUGCUGCCCUGCUGGACAUUGACUUUGGAACGUACCCUUUUGUAACCUCGUCCAACUGUACAGUGGGUGGGGUGUGUACGGGCCUGGGCAUGCCACCUCAGAAUGUGGGGGAGGUCUAUGGCGUUGUCAAGGCCUACACCACCCGAGUGGGCAUCGGAGCAUUCCCGUCUGAACAGAAUAAUGAAAUUGGAGAGCUGCUUCAGACAAGAGGGAAGGAGGUGGGCGUAACCACAGGCCGCAAGAGGAGAUGCGGCUGGCUUGAUCUGGUGCUUGUCAAAUAUGCCCACAUGAUUAAUGGCUUCACUGCAUUGGCUCUAACCAAAUUAGACAUCCUGGACGUCUUCUCCGAAAUCAAAGUUGGUGUGGGGUAUAAAGUGGACAAUGAAUUCAUACCGUAUUUCCCAGCAAAUCAGGAGGUGUUACAUAAGGUCGAGGUCCAGUAUGAGACUUUGCCUGGCUGGAACAGCGACACCUCAGCUGCUAGGACCUUCGAGGAGCUUCCGGAAAAUGCACAGAAAUACGUUCGUUUCAUUGAGGAGUACCUUAAGGUGCCUGUGAAAUGGAUCGGUGUUGGCAAGUCAAGAGAGUCAAUGAUCCAGCUGUUUUAAGGGGCUGUUUGGCUGUGUGGUACUAUCCAAGCCCUCUGACUCAGCACAAUGCUCUGGGCUUAUCAGUGGGCUUACCUGAUGGAGUCAGAGAAAGGAUCCAGCCUCUCACCUCUCUACUCACUGCAAUUUCUCAUAAAAAAAAAAAACACCAACAUGGAUUCUUUCUUCUUCACUAUAUGAUACUCUGCUCAAGAACUAUCUCAUAGUUUUCACAAGUUUCUUUGGAGGUCACUGUAGGACGCCAUAGUGGAAAGUCCGUUGGUCUUUAGGGAACAAACUCUUUAACCUCUCAUGAGCAACUGUUGGUCAUUUUAAAGUAGGAUUUCUGAAAUGGACCUUUAUCUAUCCUUAUGGGUCUCCUGUGUCUUUUGUUCUUCGUGUCUAGUUUGCUUUUAAUGAGUAUUUAGAGCAGCAUCACGUCUUUCAACUGAACAUAUAUGCAGACUGAGUGGUUAAUAUAGAUUCAAAACCUGAAUGUAGGCCCUGAUUUAUACUAGUAUAAUUAAUUUAUUUCUAGAUUUAGUGUCUCAAGGAGGCAAAACAACUAACGUUGAUUAGUUUUAACAGAGUUUUGAACAUUUUCUUAACCAAAUGCUAAGUAAUUUAAGAUUUAUAUUAUUGUGCCACUGGCCAGUUAGCAGUAUUUCAGUUUGGCCUCAAUUUUGAUUACCCUAUUGGAGUGUCUUUGACAUGGCUAUAGCCCUUUUUUCAUUAUUCCCAUUCAGACAAAUGUAAUAUGAUGUAAAUGUAAAUGUACACAUUUCUCUGUGAAACACUAUUUGUCAAUGUUCACGUAUAGUUGACAGAGCAUACAUCCUAUUUGUCUUUGCACUGAUGUGUACUUCCUGCAUUUAAGUAUUUAAUUUGAAGUUAGCCACCCUAAUCAGAGGAGACACACAUACAUACACACACACACACACACACACACAAAGUUGUUUAGUAGUACCGAAUGAUAAUUUUUUUCACUUUUUCAAGUAUAUGUUUACUAUUAAAAUGUGUGAUAUUGACAUUUACCCAUUUGUGGAAAGUGUAAGCAUGGAAAUGUAAACCUAUUUACUUCUUUCUAACUUUAAACUUGUAGUGUUGCACAUGUAUACCACAACCCAGACAGGUUUGUCAGUUAGUUGGCACUUGUCAGGCCAACUUCAUUCAUGACUUGAAUGUAUUUUUAAUAUUGAGACACACCUAGUUCAACUCUCAGGAUAUUCUGGUGGUUAUAACUGUAUAUUUUAAUUCUAAUCUGUUAAUUGUUGUAUGGUUUGACUGCUUGUCUCUUGUCACUUUUUGGGGUGUGAGUAAAUAUUUAACAAAUUAUUCUUCAAUCUACCAACUAUAUAUAUAUAUUUUUUUUUUUUUGCCAAAAUGUAGCGAUACUGCAUUGCAUAACUCUAAAUCAGCCCAUGAUUUUUUGCAUUUUAAUUUAAUUUAGCCCCACAGCAUUUUGGAGUACCAUGGAGUAGAAAGUACUUUAGAAAAAAGACUCUCGUGGUCAGUUUUGUAAUUGUAAUUGAGUAUGUGUUCAGACACCAUGUAGUGUUCUUCUGGAAAAUGAGAAGUUGAUUAAGAUUGUGGCCAGUAAAAGAAUUUUGGAUAACACUUCCUAUGCAGCUUGAUUUUAUAAUAGAGUAAAUGUAUUGUUAGUUUUGUGUGUGCCACAAUUCAUUAUGUGUGGAAUAAGACAUUGCAACUGCUCAAAAAUAUAUUAACUUGCUCCUGAAGAACACAACUGCAAGAGCAUUAAAUGGCUUGGGAGUCCAGGAGAGCAUGAUUGGCCCUGCUCUAUGGGUGUGUAAUACACAUUUGCAGUGUAUUAUGGAUACAAGCUUUUAGGAAGUGUUAUUGAAUUGAAGUUCAUGUUCGGGGUCGCCUUUUCUUUUUUUAGUCCCUGUUAUAACACUGGGCUGCAUUUGGACAUAGAACUGAAUGUUUCAUAGAACUGAAUGUUUCAUCAUUUUUGCUGCUCAUCCCAGUAAGUCUCUAGGUGCUUACUGUUGAUUAUCCCUUUAAAUUAACUAUAAUUCACUGUAAUUUAAAUCUGUAGAUGCACAUAUUCUUGCUCUCAGAAAUAAUAGCUCCUAUUGUAGCUUUCUCUUUCUCUCUGUCAUGUUUAUUUAUAUGCUCUGAUACGCAUCUUUCACACUGCCUUCAUCAGUGAGGAAAGUGUGCCUUGACAAUAAGUUCUUUUAAGUCAGAACCAGGUACAUAAUAUGUGGAUGGUUAGAAAUUGAGAUAUUUAAAUCAGAUAGGUGUGUUUACCAAUAAAAUAUUUUAAUACACACUCUUA